AUGUUUUCUUCUACAUUCAGCAGCAGGGACCGUCUGAGACGGUCUAAAUCCGCCCGAUCUAUUCACAAGCCCCGUCGCAUGCCCGAUCCAGAAGUUGUGGGCCCAGAAAUUGCCAAGUACCAUGCUGCUGCCGCGGCGUCGCACGCCAUGCGCCGGAGUGAGCGGUCCUCCACCGACUCCAGAGACCCUUACGACAACCACCGCGGGCCUGUAAGCAUGCCUCUUCCCCGGAGACACCAAGGCUCGAGUCUUCAGCGAUUUGGGGAGGCCUGUCCGAUUGCGUCUGCGUCGGUCACAGUUCCUUUGACUCCGCGCCAGUCCUUGGAGAUGAACAAUGCGCCACGCAACCGUACCCAUAUCGAGGAUGUUGCAGCACUCCCUCCCAUCACAGAGAUUGCAGGGUUUGAUGGGCGUAGCAGCGAGCUGCCAUCGUCAUACCGCCGUUUGCGCAAAGCCAAGUCCAUGUUCUCAACCAGACAGCGAACGUCAAAGGUCGCGUCAAUCCCGAAUGGAGGUCCGACUGAUCUCGAGCGCAGCCCGGAAAUUGCAAUGCCACGGACUCUCAGGCACUCCAUGUCUUUCCUUCGAAGUGGUAACCGCGACACUUCGAGAGGGGUUCGACGGGCCAAAAGUCAGGACGUGGCUAUCCAACUUGCCCGUCACCAGUUCCUUCAGGACCAAGGUGGAACCCUCGCUCAGCCCAGACGAUCUUCUUGGUUUGCUUCCAGGAGCAGGAGGGACCACAAGCCGUUCCGGAAGACAUUCCGCGCCACAAGUGAAACCGAGGCUGGCGUUGGUCCUCUUUCUGAACAAACCAAAUCUGGACGCGGUCACGGCAGGCCCCGAACCUUCUCUGUAUCAUUCACGAGGGGUAUCAAGCGCGUAUUCGGCUAUUCGAAGACAGCUGAAAAGCAGCCUCCGCCGCAGCAAAUGACUGGAUCUCGAGGCGAUCUACAAUACCCUGGCCGUGCUGGAGUUACUACCGAUAUCAAUUCCGACAGCAAACAUUACGGAUACGCCAUGGUCGAACCUUUUGAUUUCCAUAUGCCGCAACAUCUUUUAGUCUCUCCCAGCCGCAACAGUAUUUGCACGUCCAAUUCUCGUGUAACCAGUUGGGUCGACUCAACCACGGCAAACACCAUCGCAACACGAAAUGCCAGGCAUCGAAAGUCGCUGUCUUUGAUUGAAGAGCAUGAUGAUCUGAACCAACAACUUGCACCGAUGACCGGGACGGAGACCAUGGAAAACUCGUCUCAGCGUCCUGUUGGCAGACCACCGGGGGCUUUUGACAGCCAGGAUUUGUAUGCGGCGUUGAUGCGGCAAAUUAACAAGGAUGCUGAUGAAGAUGCGGAUGAAGAGAUAAUCCUUGGCACCGUGGCAGAGCAUCGCAUUGUCCCUGAGCGCACCGCGUCGAUAUAUUCGCGGCGCAGCAGAUGCACCGUUCGUCAUGUUUCCAGCGAAGACUCAUUCACGUCUCCCAGGUCCUUUAUAACGGCACAUCAUGGUGAUUCGCGGACUCCGCAAGGACGGCCCCCACGUUCAAUUGCUUUUAUCCCGCCUCUCAAGGUACCUCGAUACAUCUCGGGUCAGGAGAAUGAUCGGUCUCUCAGUGCCAUCUCGGCCAAUCUACCAGUCCGUUCGACGUAUGCUACAGUGGAAGUGUUUAACGAUGGUGGAAGUGUAACCAUCAACCGCUCCCCAGCCUUAACCGGCGAAAAAGACUCCCCGAGCGUGUAUUCUCGAACUACAGGCCCCGAUACUCCUCCGAACAGCGAUGGAGAUGAUCUCCCAGAGAUGCGCGGAGAACCAGGAACGGCGACAAUAUUUGCCAGUGAACGAACAGUCUACACUUCUCCAAAGCGUGGGUCCGCCUCCGUCUCUUCAAAGCCCCGGGUUCAGCCAAGCGCAGAUUGGCAGCAAUGGAUGAAUACCCAGAUUGAGCGAAUCGAGAAGAUCUCGCCGACCAGGGAGCAUAUCAGGGAGACUGCGCAAUUCCAAGACGAUGAUGACGGGAUCUUCAAGAACAUGACCCAACGACGACUCGUUGCAGCCAACAGCUCGCUCAUUGCACCUGUCCAGGGCGAGGGCGGCGACUACAUGGCGCCGGAGCACAAUUCAUUGACUCAAAGCAAUUUCUCUCGUCCAUUCAGUCGAUCUUCGAGCCUACGGACAGUCAGAUCAUCUCAAAAGAUCGAGCCGGGAUUCAGCGUGACCAGCCCGUCACAGGUAUUGAAAAUGGAUUCCGCUGCCGGCUUGGUUGAUCAGACAUCGCCUCCAGCUCCCGAGGAUCAAUCGCCGUCGCCGAUGCGACUGAAUGCCCGCAACUUGUUGUCAUCCCCCGAGUCGCCGACGCCCAAGAGGAACAAGGCUGACUGUCGGAAACGAAUGCGCACUGAGGAGCAGUAUCGACGGUAUUCGGUGCGACGCUUGCCCAUUGUAGGUGACGGCAAAUCUGCUGUACCUUUCCGAUCCCUGGGCACGCGGUUUGACAACCGAGACUUGACAAACGAGAAUGUGCGACAGCAAGACGGGCCCAACGAGAUGAUGGACAGCUACCAUAAGCUCCAGGAUGGCCAUUCGACGAUCUCCAGCAAACGCAUGGUGGAGAUGUUUUUGAGCAGUCGACGCCAGCUGACGGGGCCGGAGGUGCCUGGGGAGAACAAGGCCAGCGGGGCGUUUCUGUAG